AUGGGGCCCGUCAUCUUCCCCGGCCGGGUGGCAUCGGGGGACAGGGAUGGAUUUCGGGACCCCCGGUACCCAAACGGUUCUCAGAAGGCUGCGGUGCCCCUGCCUGAGGCGUUCCCUUGGGACUGGGCUCAGCGCUUCCCUGCCGGGAAUGAGUUCGCGUUUCCACCCUGCAAUGCUCUGGGGAUUUGGCAUCCACGUCUCCCUGUGCUACCUGCCUUACUUGAACUUGGGACAUGCUGUGUUGAGGGCACAGAGCCCUGUCAGUCACAUCCAGCUCAGUUACUGGGGAGCUCGACUCCAGAAGGUCACAGAGCUGCCUGCCAGCACACCUGCCACUGCACUGAGAGCAGGCAGACUUUAAAUAACCCUUUUUGUCCCUUUCCUGUCCACCUGUCAUGGCAGAGCUCAGUGCAGCUCCACAGCUACAACUCGCCCACGUUUGCUCUUAAAGGAAUAGCCGAGUCACUCUCUUCUAGCAAAAACAGCAGCACAUCAUUCACAGCUGAGUGUCAGGAUACAGAUCAGGUUAAGAAACAACUGUCACUUCCCACCAGCUAUGUCCUCACUUCCACUGCCACCCACAAGGGCUGCCACAUGAGCAAGGUUUGUAUUGUGCUUCCUUGUGCAAACAGCAGGAGAGAGGAGCUUCCAUCCCUUCUCUGGUUUCACCUACAGCAAUUACUCCUGGCACCCCGCGCCCUUCGCCCGCGCUGCCACUCGUGCCCCCGGCGGCGCGGCGGGACCAGCCGGGCCCCAGCGCAGCUAAGGCGGGAGCGCCCGAAGGGGAAGAAGAAGCCUCCGCCGGCCCCAUGGCUCCAGCCAAGGUGCGGGGAUAGACCGCACCCCUCUCCCGCACGGAGCCACCGCCCGCCCAGCACCGCCGCUCCACGCCCUUCCCCAACAUGGCCGCGCCCGCCUCAGUUUACCGCUCGCGGCCCGGCGGGCUCGUCGCUCGGGUGGCGUCACCGCGCGCCCGUUUCCAUGGGAACCGGAGGCGCGGGCCGUGGGAGCGCCAGGGCCGUGACCGCCGGGAGCGACCCACGAUCCCCCCGGCACCGCCGGGCCCUCCCCGGCCCCGGCAUGUUCGCGGACAGGACGGCACCCGGUGCCGACGUGCAAUCGCUGUGGAGGAGCGCCCGGAGCGCGCGCUGCGAGGCGAAAACUUGCCAGACUGUGAAAAUUUCAACAGCAGAAGCUGCAGCACAAUCUUAUACAGCCCGAGAUGCUGCGGUGCAGACAGAACAGAGCAAAGAUGCUUUCCAAGACUUCCAGCAAGAAGUCCAAGUAGAUUACACCAGGCUUCUGUCAUUCCUUCAGAGAGUGGAGGAUACUGUUAUCAAAGAGCUAAAUAAAAACUGGAAAAGUCAUGCCUUUGAUGGCUUUGAAGUGAACUGGACAGAUCAGGAUGAAACAGUGUUGUGUUUGCAUACAUUGUCAUACCCAGAGGCUCAGGAUCAAAACCUGCAGGUCACCAGUGUUUCAUGGAAUGCCACGGGAUCUGUCAUUGCAUGUUCCUAUGGCCGGUUGGAUGAUGGGGACUGGAGCACAGAAAAAUCCUAUGUUUGCACCUGGAAUCUGGACAGAAGAGGGUUGAAUUCACAGCAUCCUGACCUGGUGGUGGAUGUUCCCAGUUCUGUCAUGUGCCUGGCUUUCCAUCCCUCCCAGCCAUCACUGAUAGCUGGUGGCCUAUUCAGUGGGGAGCUGGUAGUGUGGGACACCAGCAGGACAGAAGACCCUGUGAUUUGGAGGACAGGGAUGACAGAGGACACCCACACUGACCCAGUCUAUCAGGUUAACUGGUUACCUGACACCAAGCACAGAAACCACGCCCGGCUGUUGAGUGUGGCGACAGAUGGGAAGAUCCUCGUGUGGAGGGAGGAGCGGGAUGGGUGGCUGGCCUUGGCUGAAGGAUUUGCCAUCGUGGCUCAGCAGAUCCCUCGCAGCACUCGGCUAAAGAAGGUGGCCUGGGGAGAGGCAGCCGUGGGGGUGACCUCGCUGUCCUUCUCACACUUGGAUCCCGGUGUGUUUAUUGUGGGUGUGGAAGGUGGGUAUUCCCUGAGGUGCUCUGCCAUGGCCCAGACUCCGGCGGCUCUCCCGCGGCCGGCUGGCUCCGUUCCCCUCAGGGCACCGGCAGAACUCGCCUUCUCCCCUCAUGCUGGGCCCGUGUACUCCGUGAGCUGCUCACCCUUCCACAGGAACCUCUUUCUGAGCUGUGGGACCGAUGGACAAAUUCACUUGCACUCCAUGUUGCAGACACAGCCCCUCUUUGCUCUACAGUUAUCAAAGAAAUACCUGUUCUGUGUAUGCUGGUCUCCAGUUCGACCACUGGUCUUUGCAGCUGCAUCUGGGGAAGGAGAGGUGCACCUGUUUGACCUGGCGAGGAGCAUGCAGAAGCCCACAGUGUCCCUGAAGCAGUCCAUGAACGACUGCCCUGUGUAUUGUCUGGAAUUCAAUACCAAGCACACACGGCUCUUGGCAGCAGGGGAUGCUUCUGGGACAGUCAAAGUCUGGCAGCUGAGCUCUGACUUCACCGAGCAGGGACCAAGGGAAACGAGUCACCUGGAGCAGCUGGCAAGUGAGCUCAUGGACUGAGGAAGCAGCACAACAGCUGUGUGAAGCUUUUAACUGCCCUGACUCCAGGAACAGUUCCCCACUCACUGUUCCAGUGUUGGCCUGGAAAAUACAGGUAACCAACAGCUGGAGUUGCCUCCACCUAACAGUUAAAUUUGCAUUUAACCAUUAAACACAAGAUGAUGUGGUUCGA